AGGCACUGUUCUGGCCGCCGGGAGACUGCGGAGAACACGGUCCCAGUUCUCCUGUGAUCGGCAUCUGCUGCAGGGUUCCCCAACCUCCGCACCAUCGACCACGCGGUCCGGGUCGCUCUUUGCUGCGGGGGGCUGCCGUGUACAUUGUAGGAUGUGGAGCAGCCUGCCUGGCUCCUGGCCGCUAGAUACCAGUAAACACCCGCUCUUCCUCAAUUGCGAUAACAAAUGUCUCCUGCGGGACAACUCCCCCUUAUUCCCGGUCUAGACAGACAUGGUGGUGGGAUGGACAAGAGAUAGUCAAAAUCGUGGGGAGCGGCGGUAUGUGCUGUGAAAGAAAGAAAGAGGGUGCUGAAAAAGUGAGUACUGGUCGGGGGUGCGGGCGGCGCUACCGUUAGCCAAAGGCCUGAUGGAGAAGCAGCCAGUCCCGGGACGUGCAGGAGGAGCGUUCCAAGAAGAGGGAGUCCGAUGUACAAAGGCCUGGGGUGAGAAGGGGCCUGACGCACCCCAGCAAGCCCUGGCAAGUGGAGAGGCGAAGUCGAUGAGGCCGGACCAGGAGAUGCUGCCCAAGGACCCUAGAUGCCUCUCUAGAGCAUGAGCUCGGGCAAGAGUGCCCGCUACAACCGCUUCUCUGGAGGGCCCAGCAACCUUCCCACCCCAGACGUCACCACCGGGACCAGAAUGGAAACGACCUUCGGACCCGCCUUUUCGGCCGUCACCACCAUCACAAAAGCUGAUGGGACCAGCACCUACAAGCAGCACUGCAGGACACCCUCCUCCUCCAGCACUCUUGCCUACUCCCCGCGGGACGAGGAGGACAGCAUGCCCCCCAUCAGCACUCCCCGCCGCUCCGACUCUGCCAUCUCCGUCCGCUCCCUGCACUCAGAGUCCAGCAUGUCCCUGCGCUCCACAUUCUCGCUGCCCGAGGAGGAGGAGGAGCCGGAGCCACUGGUGUUUGCGGAGCAGCCCUCGGUGAAGCUGUGCUGUCAGCUCUGCUGCAGUGUCUUCAAAGACCCCGUGAUCACCACGUGUGGGCACACGUUCUGUAGAAGAUGUGCCUUGAAGUCAGAAAAGUGUCCUGUGGACAAUGUCAAACUGACCGUGGUGGUGAACAACAUCGCGGUGGCCGAGCAGAUCGGGGAGCUCUUCAUCCACUGCCGGCACGGCUGCCGGGCAGCGGGCGGCGGGAAGCCCCCCAUCUUUGAGGUGGACCCCCGAGGGUGCCCCUUCACCAUCAAGCUCAGCGCCCGGAAGGACCACGAGGGCAGCUGUGACUACAGGCCUGUGCGGUGCCCCAACAACCCCAGCUGCCCCCCACUGCUCAAGAUGAACCUGGAGGCCCACCUCAAGGAGUGUGAGCACAUCAAAUGUCCCCACUCCAAGUACGGGUGCACGUUCAUCGGGAACCAGGACACUUAUGAGACCCACCUGGAGACUUGCCGCUUCGAGGGCCUGAAGGAGUUUCUGCAGCAGACGGACGACCGCUUCCACGAGAUGCACGUGGCGCUGGCCCAGAAGGACCAGGAGAUCGCCUUCCUGCGCUCCAUGCUGGGCAAGCUCUCGGAGAAGAUUGACCAGCUAGAGAAGAGCCUGGAGCUCAAGUUUGACGUCCUGGAUGAAAACCAGAGCAAGCUUAGCGAGGACCUCAUGGAGUUCCGGCGGGACGCAUCCAUGUUAAAUGACGAGCUGUCCCACAUCAACGCGCGGCUGAACAUGGGCAUCCUAGGCUCCUAUGACCCUCAGCAGAUCUUCAAAUGCAAAGGGACCUUUGUGGGCCACCAGGGCCCUGUGUGGUGUCUCUGCGUCUACUCCAUGGGUGACCUGCUCUUCAGCGGCUCCUCUGACAAGACCAUCAAGGUGUGGGAUACAUGUACCACCUACAAGUGCCAGAAGACACUGGAGGGCCACGAUGGCAUCGUGCUGGCUCUCUGCAUCCAGGGGUGCAAACUCUACAGUGGCUCUGCAGACUGCACCAUCAUUGUGUGGGACAUCCAGAACCUGCAGAAGGUGAACACCAUCCGGGCCCACGACAACCCGGUGUGCACGCUGGUCUCCUCACACAACAUGCUCUUCAGCGGCUCCCUGAAGGCCAUCAAGGUCUGGGACAUCGUGGGCACUGAGCUGAAGUUGAAGAAGGAGCUCACAGGCCUCAACCACUGGGUGCGGGCCCUGGUGGCUGCCCAGAGCUACCUGUACAGCGGCUCCUACCAGACAAUCAAGAUCUGGGACAUCCGAACCCUCGACUGCAUCCACGUCCUGCAGACGUCUGGCGGCAGCGUCUACUCCAUUGCUGUGACAAAUCACCACAUUGUCUGUGGCACCUACGAGAACCUCAUCCACGUGUGGGACAUUGAGUCCAAGGAGCAGGUGCGGACCCUCACAGGCCAUGUGGGCACCGUGUAUGCCCUGGCGGUCAUCUCGACACCAGACCAGACCAAAGUCUUCAGUGCAUCCUACGACCGGUCCCUCAGGGUCUGGAGUAUGGACAACAUGAUCUGCACGCAGACCCUGCUGCGUCACCAGGGCAGCGUCACCGCGCUGGCUGUGUCCCGGGGCCGACUCUUCUCAGGGGCUGUGGAUAGCACUGUGAAGGUUUGGACUUGCUGACAGGAUCCAGGCCAGGCCGUGGCUUCCCCUGGACCAGCCCUGGACCUGUCUGAGCCAGGCUGGCCACAUGGGGUGGUCUCGGAGUUUCUGCCUGCCCUAUGGGCACAGGUGCACAGGCUUUGGCAGCCGGGCAGUGCCCUCCCUGCCCAAUGCUCGGCGAGCCUCCCUCUACUCGGCACUAUCCUCGCUGCCCAGCCCCUCUCUCUGGGUGCCAGGUACGACGCUUGCCCCGGCCCACCCUCCAUCCCCACCCUAGAUGGAUCGAGGGCCUUUUUACUCACCUUUUCUACUGUUUUUAGACUGUGUGUAGAUUUGGUUACUUCCUGGUGGAAAUAAACACUCCACAGACUGUG